GCUUGCCGUCAUAUGUGCGAGCAGCUGAAAAGAAAAAAGAAAAUAAGGAAAACAGCAAAACAGCGCAGCACGUACUAUAUACGAAUAUAUACUUUCGGCACGGGAGCACCAAAUCAUCAGCAGUAGUAGUGAACAUACCCGGAUCGUGAAGGCAGAGGAAAUUACCCUUCAAAACUGACCACUUCCCGAUGGCACUAGCAGGAGUCGGUCAUACCGCAAAUAUUCUCGACACCAGCUAAGCAAAACCGCGCUGCGUGUGGUAUCAUCGAAAAUUUCUGUGCGGAGAAAAGAGUGGCUGCCUGCUUGGUACCAGGUGUAUCGUCAACGGAAGCGUAUCUUCUCUUCCGUGGAGGCCCCGGAAUCGGACUACCUUGCAGCAAAUCGAACAGGCCAUAAAAAAGAGGUGCAUAUAGGGGAGGAACUACGAACACAUUCCAGCUAGCGCCGUUCAUAAACGGCGGAACGGAAACGGAAGUGCAAGCGGGGAAGUGGUAGCGAGUGACAAAGCAAGUGCACCAAAACGCGUACCCAGCAGCAAUACUUAUCCUCCCCCUGCUCGCCCGUUUCCCCUUUCAGGCGGAAGUAACUGUGCCAAUGUAUGUGUGCGUUUGAAUCGGGGUGGUUGGUUGAUUGUUUGCUAAAUUGUUGCGCCUCAUCCCAUCCCAUGUCCAACCGUGUUUAGGUCACUGCUGGGUUGGGAGAAGUGGGAAGGGUAAAAAGAAAACAUCGACAUCCUCUCUUGCGUGCCAUCAGUGCAUUAUUGUGCGUGUAAAAUUAGUGCGCGAGUGUGUGCGUGGGCUGCAUGCCAAAGGUCAGACUGGGUGAUAUACAACAUCCCAAUCACCCCAACCUUCCCGAACCAAAUUGGAUGUAAAAGGGACUACAUACAGUGUGUAGCACAGCAAUUCAACAUCAGCAAACACAUCAAAUCCAUCUGGGACAUCCUUUUUGGCAUAGCACUUCCAGUGGCUCGGUCGCAACACGAUGGAUGAAUUGAGCGAAGCGGAACUCCGGUACUACAAUGAUCUGUUCAAAAUCUGCAGCGAAACGGAUGGAGCGGGCAAAAUUCCGGCCCUUAAAGCCACUUCACUAUUCCGCUCGGCCAACCUGUCCAAUGAGACCAUAAACAAGAUUACGGCACUGGCCGGAAUCCCUCAAACGGCGCUGCACCUUUCGAGGCAACAGUUCUACGGCUGUCUCAAACUAAUCGCCGCCUUCCAGGCUGCGGUGCCUCUGCGGGAAGAAAUUCUUACCACCUCGGUCAAUUUGCCACUGCCCCAGUUCAGCUGGAUCGAUCCAGUGACAGGACCAUCCGGUGCUUCAGAUGCUUCUACCAUCAUUUCUAGUGUUUCGACUGCUGCUGCGGCUAGCGGUGGUAGCGGUAAUCAAACUGGAAGUUUGGAGCGAAAUGGCUACAGCGAAGUAAAUAAUCGCUCCACGAUAAAGGUGACCGGAGGUGCAGGAGGAGGAGGGAGUAGUGGUGGUGGUGCAGGAGGUAGCACAACACAGGACAGCAGUGCAUCGACCGGCGGGGAAAUGACCAAUUCCGAUCAACCCAGCACCGAUUCGGAGGUUGAACAUAACGAUGACCCGGUCAAUAUGAUCCGGGGCGAACGUGAGAGGCACACGGUCGGUAUGCUGAAGGGUGGUGGCAUUGUAAUGAUCGGCAACAGCCAUCCACUUGUCGGUGGUGGAGGUGGAGGAGGGGGUGCACAUGGCGGAGGCGGUGGAUCGCCGGAAGCGUGGAGUACGGCAAGCGACAGCCCAACACCGACCAACAGUGUGGCGGAACGCCCGUGGGCCAACCAGAACCUCUGGCAGGGUCUGGUGUGUGAGGAGCAGCGGCAACUGUUGGGCACGGAAGAGGAAUCGUCCGAUCGGCAUAGUAGCGAUGAAGAUGAACAGGAGAUUGAUCUCGAGUAUUUCUAUCAGAUUUCGCAAACGCAAAAAGAGUACUAUUUAAAACAGUUCCGCACUAUCCAGCCAGAUGUUCACGGACUGCUGACUGGACCGGUGGCAAGGGUAUUUUUCGAGAAAUCACGUAUCCCGAUCGACGAACUGCGCCACAUCUGGCAGAUGUGCGACGUAACACGGGAUGGGGCACUAAAUUUGGCCGAGUUUACCGCCGCCAUGCAUCUGGUGGUGCUGCGUCGCAAUAACAUACCCGUACCGGCCACAUUACCCCCCUGCUUAUUGCCAUCCCUGCUGCAACAUUCGCUGCUUCAACCGAGCGGUGGGUCGGGUGGAACGUCCAAUACCGCCGGAGUUACGGUUUCGGGUGCUUCGGGAGAACUAUCAGCUGGGACAGGCGGUGGUAGCGGUUCAUCCGUGAAUGUGUCAGCAUCGAACGAACGAACUGAACCGGCGGAAGCCGAUCUACUGCAUCUCGAAAGUGAUGAUAACGUAGAAAGUAGCGCCCGAAAGCGGUUCGAUGCACACAAAGACUAUCAGCGUAUGGUACCGGUACCGGAUACGUUGGCUUUCGCGAAGGUAGCAUCGACGGGGAGCAAUGUUAAUGCAAGCGCACCGCACGACACCAGUCCCCCAUCGGUGUCAUCUGUGACCGGUGUUGGAAGUAGUAGCGGUACGACCGGCUCCGCAUCCGUAGCAAACGCGACGAAGGGCAGUAGCAGCGGUAGCAACAGCAGCAGUACGGCUAUCUCGACGACUGGCGGUCGAAAAACGCCACCAAAUGUUUCACCGCCGGUUUUAACGCAACACCAGCAGCACGUGACAGCAUCGGCCCAGAAGGGGAAACAAUCGUCCGACCAUCCGGUAACGCCGCCGAAUUCUAAAACAAUCAAUAAGGAGUGGAACUCAACCACGAAAGAAUGGACCAAAUUCAUGGAAUCUCCCACAUCCAACGUCUCUAGUCCGGGUCCAAAGCCGGUAAACUUUGAUCUGCAGCGAACGACACAGGCAAUCGUAUCCAAUCCACACAUUGUUCAUCCAGUUCCGUUGCGUGUAACACCCGUUGGUGCUGAGGCUGUCGAUAAUGGAAGUCUAGUCUACGGUAGUGACCUCCCCGUCGGUACCGGCGGGCUAAUAGUUGUUCAGUCGAGGGAUGAUUCUAGCCCAAAGCAGCAAACUUCCCAACAGCAACAGCAAGCGCAGUCCCAUCAUCAUAGCACGCCCCGGGAUUCGCUUACGAAUAGCGGCGACUUACGUGCCAUCCAAAGACCGCAACCGAAGAAACCACCUUCCAAGGGUGUCGGUGCGAUACCGCCACCACCGCAGCGUGAUUCCGGUGCCCAUCCUAGCAGCGCGCAUACCGGUAACAAUGAUUCGAUGACAAUAUCGUUGGAUGCGUCGGGUUUCGUGGCAACCAGUACGGGGACGGUCACCAGUACCACAACCACCACCGAACGUUUACCCUCGCUGGCGAAGAAACAGUCGGUCGAUCAGCAGCAGCCCCCACCACCUCCAUUGCCCCCGCCACGACCGUCCGCACAUCGGCACACGCGCAGCAGUAGUUUGGAUCUGAACAAGCUAAAGCUUACGACGAACAAUGCCGCAACCGUCGCACCGAUUGGCGAUCCGCUCAAGAUGCCGCCACCACCGGAAGUACCACCACGGGUAACACCGACGGGUGAGGCACCCGGUAGCCAACAGAAUCAGCGUCAGGCACAUGGAUUUGCGGAUUUCACCCAUUUUCCAAGCGGUGCCAGUGGUGCAACGGCUGGUCAUCGUAUCGGGUCUAUGGGUGAUACGGGUAACAUCACAACGAUUCAUCUGGAUGCGGCCGGCAACAUGACACAUCAUUCCACACCGCGGGGAUCGGGCACGCUGCCGAAAUCGCUCGUCAUGCAUCAGCCGCGCAAUAGCGCCUUCGAGGUGUACCGGAAACCACACACCGAGGGACGGCUGGUGGCGCGUGGCUCACAGUCGCCUCCGCAACAACAUCAGCAGCCACAGCCACCGCUCGUUACGUCACGCAGCGUAGAAUCGUCCGGCAUUGUGUCCGGUGAUUAUGACAAGCGCAUAUCCGCACUGAGCGACAGUUUGCGACAGGUUCGCUUUAAAGCGAACGAUCCUCCCCCGGUCAUGCCGGACGUGUUGAAGCAGCUGAAGGAACAGAACCUGUUGCUGCUCCGAAUAUGUAACGAUCUGAGCGAGGAACUGUUGCACAUUCAGCAAAAGCGGGAAGACAUCCGCAUCAAGAUCGAGCUGCAGGAACAAAUUCUGGGUGGUGGAAGUUCCGGUUCGGGCAUGGUGUCCACCGGUCCUUCCUCGCUGCCAGCCGUUUCGUCGUCAACGUCCGCUGGCCACAACCAUCACCAUUCGCACCACCACGCGAACCUAUGAACGGUGGGUCGGUGUUCCUAAUGAUCGAUUUUCAUUUUAGACUCUUGUUCCCAGCGGUGCUGUUAGAUAGUGUUUUGCUCCGAUCCGUACGAAAGCCAUAUAGCGUGUGGAUGGUAGCUAGCAGAUAGGUCAUCAAAGUCUUAAAUCUCAGUGCAGUGAAAUCAAAUUACACACACCACACCACCUUAGUCUCGAAGCCAAUGGCCAAUAAUGUCCCAUGGAAGGUGUUGGUAGUGGAUAUACUUUUAUUUUGUUAGUUACUCUUGCGAAUUUAUACUAGCUCGUGUUGUAGAAUUGAUACUCAUCCUUGUGCGUCCACCAAUAGGACAGCUGUUGUGGUUGUGUUAAUUGCUUCCUUCUAUGUGCUUCAAUGUACAAACCCAUCCUUCUACUUCCUUAGCUAAAUUGUUGCUCAAAGCCGGAACAACAUCGCUGUACAUUGUAUACGCUGGACUGUCGAUUGUACAGUCCGCCCGUACGGAAAUUGUGUAUAAAUGUGGUGUACAUGUGACACGUAUCGAUCCGAAGUAUGUAUAUGUGUGUGUGUGUGCGCGCGCUGUCCCAUUUGAUUGUGAAUUAUGGUCCAAACUUUAAGCUAAGCUAAACUCGUUUUAAGUCCUAAUAACUUAUACUUUCUUUCUCCAACGAAACUUCUCACUUGCUUGGUUCUAAAUUCGUAGUAUAUACACAUUCGCACCAGCUCCUCGAAUCGCAAACAUACUGAAGCGAAAGCCAGUAAAACGCUCUUAAUAAUAAAUUCGGUAACGCAUAAAAUAGUCAACUUUUCACGGUAUUGAUCCAGGUGCAUGUGUUGCGCAAACCGUUUGCUCCUUUCUAUCUAAGGAUAAGCCGAUGAUGAAUCCUUGCACAAACCGAACUGUUUCUUUUUUAAAUUCCAUCACCACCCAUUCGCAAACAUAUAUCAUCGCCGUUGGUAAAAAUUCGUCGAUUUAAUCUGCUUUAAAUCGUUAAAAUUGCAUGCUGCAAAGGGAUCACUGUUAAUCAUUAAGCAAAAGAAAACUAUACGGCAGAUGCAUGUGUGUUACGCGCGUACGUUGACUGGUGUACGGCCACGGUGUCGAUGGUUUAAAUGCGAUUGUUUUAAAUCUUACAUAUUUUAAAGAGUAUUGUAGUGUAGCUGCUAUCAUCGUAGCGCAAUGAAACGCAACAAAAAAAAACAGAUAAUAUGAUAAUAAUGUCUUUUAUCCCUGCACACUUUGCCGCGUGAAGGCGAAAAGUGUGUAACAAGCAUUCGCAUCGGGUGCACGAUAUGUUUUUGCGGUGUGACCGAACCGGGCAGAUCAUUAUCACGCUCGGUAGCAUUGAUCGUGGAUCUUUGAAUGAAUUGUGCAAGAUAAAAGUUGAAGCCUAACACGAGAAUAUCAACAUGUUUUCAUGCUUGCACGUGACAAAAGAACUGUAAACAAGAGCAGUGUAGGGAAUUUGUUUAAAGAGAAGAAAAUGAGCAAAGAUAAGUAUCUAUUACAUAUACACAUAUACAUAUAUAUAUAUAUAUCUACCAAACAAACUACAAAGCGCCAAUAUCGACUAUCGACAAAUGGAUCGUGCAAAGAACAGAGAGAGGAUUAUAAAAAUUAAACGUGACUCUACUGUCUAUCAUAAACACUAGACGCGUGUGAUGAGGUGAAAACAAUGUGCAUGUUUGUUACAUUAAGUUAUUCAAACUACGAUGAACGUAAGGCAAACCCGCAAACAGUGUGUGAAAAAUGCACUGUUUUGGAGGCGCAUGUCGCGUGAAGUAUCGUGUUCGUAUAUAGCGAAACAGAACCUGAUAAGAACAAAUGCUGUCAAAGCUACGUUUCAACCGCUCGGCCUGUGUUGUUGGUUGCAUUUUACGGAUGGCUUGUGAAACGGGCGGCAACGGGGAAAAACAUAAUCUUUGAACGGAACUCUAUUUUAUACGAUCUAAUGAUGCGUUAGGAAAAAAAAAAUCAAUACAUAAAUACUAAACGAAUCCAAAUCCUAAUCACAAACGAAACAGAGAGAUUAUUUAUAGACGGUUAGAGAAAAGGAUCUGCGAAACGAAGCUCUAUAUUUUUGUUUCCUAUUGUGAAGUAAUAGUUGUAACAUUUGAUGAUGCCACUGCGUAAGUUCCAUCUUCAAUUGUGCGCGGCUAGAGUUGACCAGCUAUUUACGACUGAAGCAUUACGGCGAAUGAAGCUUUACGAUUUACGUACAGUGCUUAGAUUUAAUGCAAGGAUCCAACGAAAACAUAAAACUUCUCUCAUAUUAGUUCAGGUAUGUUUUAUUUCCAUAUUACUUUUCCGUGGGAAAAGGGGAAAACUGUAAACCUUUCAAACCCGUUUGUGCACGUUAGAUUUCGUUCGCCCCGAACGAUUCCUCUUACGAACUCAGUAUAUUUUUGUACUUUUCGAAGAUUUUAUGUAGAAAAACCAAAUGUUUGUUCAGCUGCAGUGAAGCGCUUAGAGGGAUAGAGGUGAUGAUCGUAAUUCGUGUGUUUUUUCGUUCCCUCAACAGGGAAUGAACGACAUUUUCAAUGUCAGUGCUGGUGAAAGAAUCUAACUGUGUGAAUCGUUAUGCGCUGAACUGGUAAAAAAAACAGGAGAUCGUUGAAUAAAAUUGAAGCAUGUGUCAUUCUCCAAAAAAA